UAUUACCUCUACAUACCCUCAGUUACCUCCACUGAGUUUCUCAACGACCUUCUCAACAUUUUACCUUCUCGCUGUCUACAGGCCACAGAGCAGCAGAAAGGCAGGUGGACAGUUAGAGAGGAAGAUGGAUGGUGAAGAAGGGAGUUAGGAGAGGUAAUGAAGUAAAAAGCUGAGCCAAUAGAAAGUAAGAAAAAGAACUGAACAGGUAGAGGGUAAAACAGGUAAAGAGUAGGACAGAUGUGUCAUAGCAGCUGUAUCUGUAAAGUUCUCAGCAUGUUCUUCAUGCAUCUCCUCGAGCCCAGUGCCGGUGCCGGUGCUGGAGAGGAACAGCGCUCCAGCAGAACGACCUGAUAAAAGAGGAGGCGGGGUCAGAAGAAAGAAGGGAUGAGUGGUGAUAUAAGACGGAGCAGAAAGGACGGAGAGAGGAGAGGAAUAAACCAGCAGUGCCAUGUGAACUCCUGAAAAGGUUUUCCAAACAUCUGAUUUAUAAUUCUUCAGGAAAUUGUUUAUUAUUACACUGUGGUGGAAUUUCAUCAAGAAGUAAUAGAUGAAGAAAACCCUGUGAUGGCGUGAUGGAGAUGGAGAAGCACUGCCUUAACAUUUCCAGAAAAAAGAAAGUUUCAGAAGAAAGAAAGGAGGGGAUGGAGAGAAUCAGAGUUCACCUGCACGAGUGCGAGCUGUGGAGAAAGUUUCAUGACGUCACCACAGAGAUGAUCAUCACUAAAGCAGGCCGACAAAUGUUCCCAAGUUACAAGGUGAAGGUUACUGGUCUGAACCCUAGAGCCAAAUACAUCCUGCUGAUGGACAUCGUGUCUGCUGAUGAGCACCGCUACAAAUACACAGACAACAAAUGGUCAGUGAGUGGGAAAGCAGAUCCAGCUAUUCCAGGUCGACUGUACAUUCAUCCAGACUCUCCUGCUCCUGGAGCUCACUGGACCAAACAACUCGUCUCCUUCCAGAAACUUAAACUAACCAACAACCACCUUGACACCUUCGGCCAUAUCAUAUUAAACUCCAUGCAUAAAUACCAGCCACGGCUGCACAUAGUGAAGGCUGAUGAGAAAAACGGUUUUGGUUCCAGCAGCACGGUGUUCUGCACACAUUCAUUCCCCGAGACAACCUUCAUCGCUGUCACGUCUUACCAGAACCACAGGAUCACUCAGUUGAAGAUUGAAAACAAUCCAUUUGCUAAGGGUUUUCGUGGUCACGAGGACAUCGAUAUGCACCGAAUAGCUUGUGCACGGAGUACAGAAUUCCCUCUGGUACCAAGAACGCAAGUUCGCCUGAGAGUUGAUUCAGCCACGCCCACCACAAUUAACCCCACCCUCUUAUCUGAACACACCUUCUCUGAGCCUCCAGGAAAAUGCACUUGUGCAUCAGAAGACAACUGUUUCACUAAAACAGACUCUCACCUCCUGACCUCCUGCUAUCAGACGGAGUUCGGGUCGAGUAACGGUGCCACCUACAGCACAGAAUCGGUGCAGCACCAGCCGUGUAUGUACACCAACAUCCAGUGGGAAACGUACACCGAGUUUCCACCAUACUCGAUCUUCACUCCCUCUCUGGAAGUGGGCGGGGCUUCGUACUCCACCCCUGAACUUUCUCAGGACAUCUACCCACAAUACACCUGUGAAUGUGUGCCGAUGCAUUGCCCCAUGUCUGAUUACGCGCUGAAUGAGGAGCAGGAGCAGGAGCAGGGUCACGGUGUGAGCAGUGGAGUGGCGUGGUAGCUCAAAGAACUUCACCCUCCAUGGCAUGUGACAUGAGAGGAAUUUCAGCAGAUCAAACAGCUCAUAGUGCAACAUAACUGACAGGUACAGAGGCCACACCCACUUCUCUAGAACAGACACAGAACCCAUGCCACCUUAGCAGUAACUGAUAGAUCUCCUUUGCUGAUGGACCUACAGGUCAAACCUCCUUUUUUAGAACUGACGCAUCCAGAGGUCAUGCCUUCUUCACUGUAAAUGCCUUUAGGACAGUUCAUCUUCAGUCCAUCUUCACUUUUGGUCACACUGACUUCAAUACGAUUGACAGGUGUAGAAGUCACACACAUUUUACUAAGAUUGACAGCUAGAGAAGCCACGCCUCCUUCAUUAAGAUCGAAAUCUAAAGAGAUCAUGGCCACUUUACUAAGACUGAUAUUUAGAGAAGCCACGCCUCUUUCACUAAGACUGAUGGAUACUGAAGCCACACCCACUUUACUGACAUUGAUGAUACAGAGGCCACGCCUACUUUACUACGGCUGGUGGAUACCGAGGCCACACCUUCUUCAUGAAUAUUUAAAUAACAGAGAGCAGUGAAUCAAUGAAAUCAGACAAAUGGAGGACAACAAAACUAAUAAAUAAAUCUCUUAAUGACAUACCAA